UACCAAACAGCAUGCAAUGCAACUCAUUUAAUCAAACUGACUUGCAGCUCACAAGAAGUUAAUGCUUUCUACCUGAAGUUAGUUUCUGGCGACGCUGUUACGCAUGUAAAAGCGUUAUUCUCGGUGAACAUGAAAUUCCCCGACUGUGGCCUUCAGAAGAACUGUGUUGAUCAAAAUGACUUCUCCGCUCUUCGAGUGGCUAUAGAGAAAAACAGCGUAGCGAUGUGCCGAGUUUUGUUAAAAGAAAAGGUCGACGUCGGAGAUUGCCUUUUUCAUGCAAUACAAAAGAACCAAACUGACAUCGUAGAAGUAAUAUUGAAAUAUGAUCCUUCGACGCAGACCAGAAUAAGGCAGAACUCAUGCUUUCAACCGGGAUUAACCCCAGUUUCAAUGGCGGCAGGACAGAAUAACUACGACAUUUUAAACAUUUUACUGGAACAUGGCCAUCAUGACCUAGAGAAAGAAACUGCUGAAGACACUUUUGAGAUUGAUAGCAGCUCGUGGGAGUGUGCGAAUAUUCGACGACUAUUGUUUAAAGCGAGGUCCAGUCCCGCCUAUAUAACAACUAUGUGCGAGCGAAACGAAGUUGAUCCGAUGAAUUUCUGCAUGCGACUUGUGCGAUCUAUUCGAGAAAAUGCAGCUGUGGAAUACGAAUACAGUCAAUUUUACGAUAACCUUCAAUCCCAGAUUGAAGAUUUUCUUUGUUCGUUACUUAAUCAGAUUCGGUCAUCAGAAGAGCUCUCUCGUUUGUUUAAGUAUUCAAGAAUCGAAAAACAACGAUCUGCAAAACUCGGACCACGCAGAAAUGAAGUUAGUUUGGAUUUUCUGGAAAUUGCGGCUAAAGGAAACCUAAAGAAAGUUGUUACGCACCAAAAUUGCCAGUUGGCAUUAUCUCACAUGAAAGUUCGCAACACACCUUCCCUGGGGGAAACAAACCUGGGGCACGUGGAAUGUUUAUGUGUGUUGAUUGGGUUGCUUUUCCCUAUUUUGAGCCUCUUCUACAUCGUUGCACCGAAGAGUAAAAUUGGAAGAUUCACAACCCAGCCGAUUGUUGCCUUCCACAGCAACUUAAUGUCGCAAAUUGCAUUUGUAGCACUUGCGUGUGCUCGAACAAUAGAGGUGGACAGUGAUGAAUCUAUCAACUAUUGGAUUACGAUUUGGGUAUUCGGCAUACUGGUGCAACAAAUUCAAGCGUGUAUUAACAGUGGUAUACGAAGCCACUUUUCUGACGUUUGGAGCGAUGUCGACCUGGUUGGGGUUCUCUUAUACUUACUGGCAGAGGCAAUCAAGGAUUACAGUUUGUACGUAGAUGGUGAUAUGGGAAGAUAUAAGGAUACGGUAAUCGGAUUGGAGGCUCUUUCCCUUAAUCUAUUUCUCUUAAAAUGUCUUGGAAUGUUGAAGAGCAACCGCUGGGUGGGGCCGGUGUUGGCUUCCAUGGGCCGAAUGUUUGGAGAUUUGCUGAUCAUGUUCACGGGUGUUUUGUUUUGGGUCGUUUUAUCAUUUUCUGUUGGUUUUGCCCAACUAUUCCAACAGUCCUGUAAAAUCGAAGCCUCGCAUAUUUGCGAUCCAAAUAAGUUUAAAACCUUUCCAGAGUCGAUACUCACUCUUGGAAAGGUCAUUUUCCAGCAAGCUGACGCGCCAGAGAGCAUAGAGACCCUUCCAUCACAUACGUCGAGGGUAUUCGCAUGGGUGAUUCUCUAUGCGUUUAACCUUAUUGUGAUGUUGAUCUUGUGGAACAUGCUGAUCGCCAUGAUGACAAAAUCCUACGAAGAAACUAGCGAGAAUGAAGAACUGGAGUGGAAGUUUUAUCGGACAGAGCUCUGGAUUCGUUUUAUCCGACGAGAGUUUAUCCGCCCGCCUCCGAUGAACCUUAUUCCGCACCCAUACUUGAUCCGGAAGUACCUGCGCAUCUUGUGGCGAUGGCUGUUAUCUCGACAGAUUAAAGAGGGAGAUCGAAACGUCGCGGGGACUAUUAUUACUAUGGAAAAAAGAAGGCAUGCUGCAAGAUACGACGCAAAGUACAUUGAAAAACUUCAUAACAUGAUACUCCAACGUGCAAGUGUUCAGGUUCUCUGCAAUCUAAUAUGGCGAUACAAGAAUCGUGAACUCGUGGGAAAACCUGGACAACCAACAUCACAUGCUAGAGUUCCUGAUUUUUAACUAACUACCUGUAAAAAAACAAUAACUGGAAUAUAAAUAUGGGCGUAUUUCUACACAUGUAUGUUGUAUUGCGUGUUUACUACACUGUAUAAUAUUGUAUAUAUAUAUAUAUAUAUCUACCUAAAGCUAGAUCGUAACAUUAGUCCCAUUACUAGCAGCAUCUGAUACGUUUCUUGGUAUAUAGUAGAAUGGGGGAAGACGGGACACCUUUAGUACACCAAUAUCCAAAUUGUUUACUACCAAAUGGGACACGAAAUAGUACCAAAAGGUGUCCCAUCUUCCCCCACCCUGGAAUAUAAUCAUAUAAUGUAAAUAAUUGUACUUACCCUAUUACAGUCACUCUUUUAACAGCGAAGCUAUAUUUAACCUUUAUGUAUCAUCAUUAAUGACGCCAUUUCUAUUCAUUGAACACUCUCCAUCUUAAACGGAUGUGACGUGUUAAUAGAGAAGUUCAUUCAUGUACGCUGUGAUGCGUUAAUUAAAUCAAUGAAUGUAUUAACCGAAAAUAUUGCGCAACAGUGUAAGUGAUAAAUUAAACAACGCGCGUUAUAAUA